AUGUUCAAUGCAUGGAUACCUUGUUGAAGCCACAUGUGUAAAUAUAUUGGCAUAGAAUAUAUUCUGGACACUAAACUGUUUGGAGGAGAAACUGAACUUCCUCAAAUCUCAUUGUGAAUAAAAAGUAAGGGAAGUUAUUAGCUGCAUAGUUUUUCAAUGCAGUACGUAAGUUUGACUCCAGAUUAAGAAGCUGCAGUCAAUCACAUGAAUGAACCAGGUAUGUGUUUAUUCUGGUGGGAGGGAGGAUGAAAUGGAUUAUCAUGUAUAAUGCAACACAAUCUGGAAGAAUGCUGAUGAGAGUGAAAUGUCCAGAGAUCACACUCGCGUGUUCUUGACGUUGGGUGUUAUGUAAUGCUUGCUGAGGAGUGGGAAGAUAGUGAGCAUCGUAGCACAUUUCACAUAUUCAUAAGUAAUAAUAACUGUUCCUUACACGGCACACUUCUGGAAGGUUGUGGAGAUACACAAAUUAUUCCCAUUGUUCCUGAUUAUGACUUGCAUGUGUCUCUGCUGUUGAGUGUCUCUCAGGGGCAGGAAAGGUGUCCUUAAAUGCCCCAUGACUUCCCCCAAUGUUCUGCACCCAUAUGGAAUACAAAUGACGUGUGUCCAGUUUAUUGGCUUGUCGCAUGUUAAUCCCCUCAGAAUUUGAAGUGUAUAAAAGGACAGAGUGAAGCGCAAGAGUUAUUUGACAUAAAGAGAGAUAUCUGUCGGAUUAUCUGGGAAAAUACAGAAGUGCAUUGCAGUUGUCUCAAAACAGAGGAAUGAAUGUGGACAUAGCCAAACCUGAAGCGAAGACUGGCGGCAAAGCCCCUCUCAGAGCAACCGCUCCCGGUUCCCCACGAAAGGGCCCGCCCAAGUUCAAGCAGAGAAACACUCGUCAAUUCAAGAGCAAGCCCCCGAAGAGGGGAGUCAUUGGCUUUGGAGAGGAGAUUCCGGGAAUGGAGGGACUUGGCACUGAUAUCACAGUGAUCUGUCCCUGGGAAGCGUACAGUCAUCUAGAGCUACAUGAACUCGCUCAGUAUGGCAUCAUUUGAGUUUCUUCAUUGUUAAACAGCUUUUUUU